AUGAACGGAAUCAUGGAAGCAUCGACAGGUAUCAUGACUCUCAUCGUUGAUUACCUCUAUCGUGAAGAAUUAACAAGUGUUACCCCGGUGGAGGAGUAUCACCAGGGAGACCAAGGCAGCAAUCCCGAGUUCUGUCUUAAUCCUGACAUCUGCAUCAUGGCCACCGCCGACUCCGGCCCCGAGGCGCCGCCCCUCACCGCGGGCUUCACCAUCAACCUGGGCACCCGCCGCUCUCCCCUAGCUCUCAAGCAAGCCGAGUUCGUCGUGAACGCCCUGCAGAAGGCCCACCCGCACAUCAAGCUCGAGGUGCACGCCAUGGCCACCAUGGGUGACAAGGACAAGGUGACGCCGCUCCCGGCGCUCGGCAAGGGCCUGUGGACCAACGAGCUGGAGGCGCAGCUCGAGACAGGCGAGCUCGACAUAAUCGUGCACAGUCUCAAGGACAUGCCGACGACGCUGCCGGAGGGCAUGAUACUGGGGUGCGUGACGGAGCGAGAAGACCCGCGCGACGUCGUGGUGUUCCGGGCGGGCCACGGCGGCAAGUACAAGGCGCUGAAGGACCUGCCGGACGGAUGUGUCGUGGGGACGAGCAGUGUGCGGCGAGCUGCCCAGCUGCGCCGCUGGUACCCAGGCUUGAAGUAUCGGGAUGUUCGUGGGAACAUUGACACGCGGUUGAAGAAGUGCGACGACGAGUCACUCGGCUAUGACUGCAUUAUUCUCGCGGCAGCUGGUCUGCUGCGCAUGGAUUUUGGGGACAGGAUAGCGCAGUAUCUGGAGUCCAGCACAGAAGGUGGUGGACUCUUACACGCCGUUGGUCAAGGAGCUCUUGGGAUCGAGGUCAGGAAGGGAGACGACAAGGUGCUUGGUGCGUUGAAGGCCGUUCAGGAUACAGAGACCAUGAUUGCUUGCUUUGCGGAAAGGAGUGUCAUGCGCACGUUGGAGGGAGGCUGCAGUGUGCCAAUCGGCGUCGAGACGAAGUGGGUGCCGGGGACAGAAGGCCGGGGGCAGAUGCUGCAGCUCAAAGCUACAGUUGUGAGCCUAGAUGGUGGAGAUGCAAUUGACGCAGAGCUUACGGAGGAUGUGCCUAGCUUUGAGGCUGCCGAUGAGUUCGGGCAGAAGGUCGCCAAGAUCCUGCUCGAAAAGGGGGCAAGUAGGAUCCUGGAGGCGAUCAACAACACACGGAGCGUCACAGAAGGAACAGCAGGCGCCGUAAAGCUGACCUCCUGA